AUGGUCCGUUUCUCUGCUCUCUUGUCUACUACUAUUGCUGUGGCGGCUGGCGGCUUUGCACUCGCUCAUUCCCCCUUAGAUCACGAGUUUGAGCGCAAUGCGAGGCGCUCUCUUGGGUCUUGCAGUUCGCAGUACAGUAGACGUGAUGGUCUCGCCGACCGUGCCAUGGUACGGCGCCAGUCUCUUGCUGAUCAAAUCCGAAAGGCUCGGCCGCUCAAACGUGAUCUCGCGACUGUCCUCGCCACCGACCAUCAGUCCAAUUUGACGGGUCUCACCAAUAAUACUGAUCCUGCCACCAUCUUCACCAAUAAUACAUGUGUCCUGGCUCCAGAGGGAGAAGAGGGCCCUUACAUGGUCGACGGGGAAUAUGUCCGUCAAGAUCUUAGAGAAUCUCAGGAAGGGAUUCCGGUCUAUCUUGAUCUACAGCUUGUCGACGUGAACACCUGCGAUCCUGUUUCUGAUGUCUAUAUCGACAUCUGGAGCUGCAACGCUACCGGUGUAUACGCUGGAGUCGUCGCGAGUGGCAACGGUGACUCUUCCGACCUCAGCAAUAUCAACGCUACAUUCCUUCGCGGUAUUCAGAAGACCGAUGACGAGGGUGUCGUACAAUUCAUCACUCUUUUCCCCGGUCACUAUUCAGGUCGCACCGUCCAUGUCCACCUCGUUGCUCAUCAAUCUGCAAAUGGUACCCUCUUCGACAACGGGACCUACGUCGGAAACGUUGCCUCGCACAUCGGCCAAAUGUUUUUUGACCAGGACCUCAUUACCCAAGUAGAGGCCACGUACCCAUACAGUCUGAACACUGAGGACUUGACGACCAAUGCAGACGACCGUGUCGUCGCCACCGAGGCCGACGGCGGACAGGACCCUGUAGUCGAGUAUGUUCUUCUUGGCGACACGCUCGAUGAAGGGAUUUUCGCGUGGACCUCCGUCGCCAUCAACACUUCGGCCAUCUACGAUUUUACACCUGCUGCAUGGCUCUACGCUGAUGGCGGUGUAACGGUUUCCAGUGGAGACAGUAGUGCUGGUGGGGGAGACAUUUCGAUGAGUGGAGUGCCCACAGGCUCGAUGUCUGGAGCGUUACCUUCUGGUUCCGUUUCUGCCUAA